CUAUCAGGACAUGAUGGAGUACCUGGGAACGAAGAAGUGGACGAGGAAGCCAAGAGGGUAGCAAAAGACAAGAGAAACACCAGCAACCGCAACAAACUUCCCCCAUUCCUUCGAAAGGACGCCCUCCCAUGCAGCAUAUCAGCAUUGAAACAAGCGCAAAGAACUGAGUCCGCCGCAAGAUGGGCAAGAAUGUGGACCAAAUCGCCCAGAUAUCAACGAGCGACAGCAUUAGACCCUAAUCUUCUCUCAGGAUCGUUC